GGAAACUUCGACAUUUGUCAAUGGACUUUCUUCUUGCUGAAAUCGAUAGAAAAAAGAAACAGAUUGACCAAAAUGAAGUCACAUCGAAUAAAAAAUACUUCAGACGCGGUGACCUAGUGGCUAAACAGGCAGAAGACUAUAGAAAAAAGCAGGAGGAAAGGCUUCAGCAAAAAGAGGAGAGAGCUGGUAAAAGGGCUGCAGAUGAUGAUAUAUUUGCUGCCUUCAAAAGAAAAAAAGAUGAAAAUGAAGCAAAAUCUGCUCUGAUCCCACGAGAGGAGGUGAUUCGCAGAUUGAGAGAAAGGGGAGAACCAAUCAGAUUGUUUGCUGAGAGUGAUGAGGAGGCUUGUCAAAGAUUGAGGAGGAUUGAGAUGCUUGCUCCAGAAAUCAAUAAGGGUUUAAGGAAUGACUUCAAAGCAGCCAUGGAAAGAGUGGAUCAGGAAUAUUUAGCAGAGUUGAUUAAACAGCAGGGUGGUGAACAACAAAACUCAGAUAGUGAAGAAUCCUCACAAGUUGAAGAAGAUGGAACAACCUUGGAGGAUAUUAAGGAACUGGCCAUAAAUAUGGGUAAAGGUGAUGAAAAUUUGGAUCAAGAUGUCAUCUUAAAGUUUAUUCAGUUUCUCCUUGGUUUGUGGGCUAAGGAUUGCAAAACCAGAUCUGACGAUAGCAAAAGAAGCUUAGAGGCAAAAUUGGCAGGUGCCACUCAAAGACAAACAGAAUCAUAUCUAAAGCCAUUGUUGAGAAAACUUAAAAAUAAGAAAACACCUCAAGAUAUUCUUGGUGCAUUGACAACCAUCAUUAUGAAUCUGUUAGACAGAGAGUAUGUAAAGGCCAAUGAUUCGUAUCUUCAGAUGGCAAUAGGAAAUGCACCUUGGCCUAUUGGUGUAACAAUGGUGGGAAUUCAUGCAAGAACAGGAAGAGAAAAAAUCUUUGCUCAAAAUGUGGCUCAUGUUCUUAAUGAUGAAACUCAAAGGAAGUACAUUCAGGGACUGAAACGUCUGAUGACAUUUUGCCAAAAGAAGUUUCCAGCAGAUCCAUCAAAGUCUGUGGAAUACAAUGCUGUAAAGUAACAGAACAGAUGAAA